AUGACAAAACUAGCCCAAGAGGCGCACCAACAGAUGGACAGAUUCGGAGGUCAAGAUGUGUCCAAUGUUGUUUGGUCAUUUGCAACCCUGAUGCUGCAAGACUGGCCAUUAGUGUGUGCUCUCCGCGUGGCAGCUCUCCGCAAUCAACCCCAAAUGCAACCCCAGCAUCUGUCAAAUACAGUUUGGGCACAUUCUACUUUACAAGUUCCUGUCCUGGAACUCUGCCCGGCAUGCAUAGUACGUUUGCCAGAGUUCGACUUGCAGGGCUUGGCAAAUGUUUCAUGGACAGCAGCCAAUUCCAUAUAUUCAGAUCAUCCGCUUCUUGAAGCAACGGAAAGACUGCUUUGCUCGUCACAGAUCCUUGACAUGCAUUGUCAAAUUACAUCCGCGGAUGUGUACUGGGAGAUGAGCAGAUUUUCAAACCACAUUUGCCAACUGAUUUGGGCGUUUUCGUUCUCCGGAAGGCUUACUCCUGACCUUGGUGAGCGCUUGAAGCGCACGCUGCUCGAUAUUGGUUUGAAUCUUGACAGGAUGGAAUUGGAGCCACAUUCCGAGCGAGAACCGAAAAAGGCGACAGGUGCAGAAAUAUCCUCCUCUCUAAAAGAGACAGGGCGUCCCCGCAUUUUAACAAAGCUCCAGGGGAUUUCUGUGAUUUACAAGCCCCCUGGCUGGGAAGUUGAUGCCAAAGGGCAAUCAAAUCUGCAAAGUGGUCUUCCGUUGUCUGCCUUCGUCCAAGAACAGGAGAUCUCGAGAGUUGUGAGACUGGCUGCCUUCGAGUAUGGCUUUAUCCAUAGACUGGAUGUUCCAAGCUCUGGACUCCUUCUGGUUGGCACCAACUUUCUGGGGCUUGCAAUGCUUCAGUGGCAAAUGCACAUGUACUCCAUCAGUCGCGAGUAUGUGGUUCUGACGGCGGAUUGCUGGCCUGCGGUGAUUGGGAAUGUGGAUGUGCCAGUCCAAGACUUCCUGCCAGGACGUAGCUUUGUUGAUGCCAACGGUCGGCCUGCAGAUACCCGGGUCAAGGUGACUCGCGGAGAUUCGACAUUAUAUUUGGCACCUUCCUCAGCGAGUAGCGUGCUUCAGUUCAGAUGUGCUGAACGUGUGCGGAAAGACUUCAAUGAGGUGGCGAACAAGGCGUGUGCAGCUCGAGUACGGCAACGGGAACAAGAGAUGAUGAAGACGAGGAUCAGGAAUAUGAAACCCCAGAUUGAUUGUCGUCCACCUGAAACUAUGGCGCUGGACCAUGUGCGGAAUAAUCUGAAGAGGGAGCAACUACUGGAAGAAAGGUACCAUGCUAUUGAUCGUGACAACCGUAUCCUGCUUCAGAAGAUGUCAGAUAUCAUGAAGACUCCCUCGGUCAAAUCUGGUGCAACUCGUUCUCACAGCGGCCCUGUUAGCCUCGUUCGGGAUGCUCGAAAAGCAGAGCUGUCUCGGAUCACUCAGGAGAACCACGCCAUCCUGAAGCGAAUCCAACAGGCUCAGCCUGUCUACAAUCACGUGGAAUGGGAUGAUUCUUAUCGGAAAAGCUUGGUGUACAUGAAGCUAGGAGGUCCAGCCGUGAUGUUUAGUGUGACACCAUUUCGGAAUGGGCUGACACUUGGUGCAACCAGCUCAGCGAGCGCGGUCGAGCUGUACAGACAGGUCUUUGCUGGAGGUCUAGCCAAAGGCUGGACUGGCGGAAGUUUUACAGCACGAGCUGCUUGUCCACAGUUCCUUUGCCUAGGUCCAGCUUAUCACUUCUAUGCAUCUUUUUCCGGUGUAGGUGGCGGAGUGCUGUUAACCAGCCUCACUGAGACGCUCAUCGUGUACGGAGCAGAAACCUGCAACGCUCAGAUGGCAAAGAACCAGAAGAGUCCUGGCAGUAUCCCCUCAGUGCACCCAUCGUGGAAGCCUUAUGGACCUGGCUUCGGGAUCCACGUCUUCCGGAAUGUCAUCGCGACGGCAGGCCUGCGAAUGUUGUGCACCCCAUGCAGAAAUGUCAUUGAAGGGAUCACGGGAAAGAGCAACUCCAUGACAACUCUUGCAGGAGACUUCACGGGAAAUGUUUUUGCAGCCUGUUUCUCUGCACCGGUACACCAGCUUUAUGGCUAUACGGUUACCACUCCAGAGCUCAGGAAUUUGCCCGCAGCUGAACAGCGCGAAAAGAUGGUAUCGUUUCUAAAAGAGCAGUAUCUGGACACAUCGAGCGGGAGGACCAGAUUGAGCAGCCUCGUUCCUCGGGACCUCUUUAUGCGCAGCAUGUAUGUGGCGGUGGCCUACACAAUGUAUUCCACAGUAGAGAGAACGUUGGUAGCCUGCUGGCCGAAAUGA